UCAUCCUUGGUCCACGUCCACCCCGGAAAAAAGAAUUUAAUCUUCAAAAUCCAGAUGUAGAAACUAUAGGAAGUCGCCUCUAUACAAAUCACACUUAAUUCCACUCUUCUCCAUUGAAAACAAAACUCUCCAAAAAAAGAAUGUUGAUAGAAUUAGUACCUCCAACCAUCAAUUACUGGCUAGUUGAUCAUCCAACAAUAAGCAACUUCGAAUGGAACCAUGAAAUUACUAAUUUCUCCUCCAUCCAUUUCCUCAUUUUCACCAUUUUAUCUUAUCUCUCUUUAACUUUCAUCCUCUAUCACCUCUCUAUCUCUCCUCUCCAUCCUCCCCUACUCCGCUUCAUCUCAGCCGUCCACAACUUCAUCAUCCUCUUCCUCUCUUUCACAAUGGCCGUUGGAUGCACUCUCUCCACCUUAUCUCAAAUGCCUGCGCCACACUGGAUCUUUUGCUUCCCUUCCAACCACACCUCGCCACGUGGCCCUGUCUUCUUUUGGGCCUACGUCUUUUACCUCUCUAAAAUCCUUGAAUUUAUUGACACCCUUCUUAUUAUCUUAAGUGGCAGCAUCGGACGUCUCUCAUUUCUCCACGUGUACCACCAUUCAACGGUCCUGAUUAUGUGCUACAUUUGGCUUGACACGUCACAGUCUUUGUUCCCUGUUGCUUUGGUUACUAAUGCUACGGUGCAUACUGUCAUGUAUGGGUAUUAUCUGAUGUGUACGCUUGGGAUUCGUCCGUCGUGGAAGAGAUUGGUCACUGACUGUCAGAUUGUUCAGUUCGUUUUUAGCUUCUGUGUUUCUGGAGUUAUGUUGUAUUAUCAUUUUGCUAGGUUUCCAUGUUCUGGGAUUUUGGGUUGGUGCUUUAAUGCUGUGUUUAAUGCGUCGCUUUUGUAUUUGUUUAUUGACUUUCAUUCUAGAAAUUACAAGAAGAAAAAGCAUUUGAGAAGGGAGAAAAAAGGAGAUAACGAGGAUAAGGUUUUGUGAAGUUUUUUUUUUUUUUUUCUGAAUUCUAACAAGUUGUGAAAGUUAUCGUUUGUUUGAGUGGGAUCUCAUCAUAUGCGAAUUGUAAAGUGUGUCUUUUACUCUCUUUUUUCACAACUUUAUUGAAUUAUCAUACAUGAAGUAUAUAUUUAUGCUCAA